CAUCAAUUCCGAGGGGAAAACAUCUCCUUAUUCUACGAGUUCAACCAUGGUCGUUAUCCAUACUAUAAACAUUACAACAGAAAUAUUCCCAUUUACGGGGGAACACCGCAGAAUCUCAGCGAAGAAGAUGUUAAGGAACACCUCAACGUUUCCAGAUAUAAUAUUAGUGAAUACAUUAAGAGUGAAAACUCUUCUGGUCUUGGAAUAAUAGACUUCGAGGAGUGGCGCCCUUUAUUUGAAUUGAACGUUUAUAAGAAGGAGUGUUACAAGCUGGCGGCUAUUCGAAACAUACUCAAAGAGACCAUACUCCCUCAGUGGAAGACGAUUAACGAUACCGCUAUGCUGGAAUACAACGAGACAGCUAGGGUCUUCAUCGAGCAGUCUUUAACUGAUGCAAAAAGCUUUCGGAAUGAAACUCGCUGGGGGCUGUAUGGCUUUCCAUAUUGCAACUACAACGCUGGAGAAAAGAACGAGACCAGAUGUCGCGAGGACUACCGAAACUACAACAACAGGAUGAUGUACAUCUACAAUGCAAGCCAAGCGCUGUAUCCUUCAAUUUACCUCAAGAACUCCUCCACUCCAGAAUGCAACUUCCGAUACGUA